GAGGGAAAUCGGCGGCCACAGUAGUUCUCAAAGCAAGUGACUUCAUUCCGAUUGGCAUGGAUGCCGCCAGGGUCCGCGGUCUGACUGAAUCGAAAGGCGCUCUGUCCUUGCGUGUGACUUGUUUGGAUCCAUUGUAGACCCUCCUCUCGUGUUCACUUGCAGACGGUCUUUGCACGUUCCCUCUGCAUGGCAAAGCUAACGCGGUCAUUCUCUUGCUAAUCCCUGGUGCUUCGUGGAGACCGGUGUAUUUCUUUCAGCCUUUGGGAAUCUAUUUCUUUCAGCCUUUCGGGCAUCUUUUUCUUUCAGCCUUUGGGCAUCUAUAUCUUUCAGCCCUUGGACUUCUAUUUCUUUCAGCCCUUGGACUUCUAUUUCUUUCAGCCCAUGGACUUCUAUAUCUUUCAGCCCUUGGACUUCUAUUUCUUUCAGCCCAUGGACUUCUAUAUCUUUCAGCCUUUGGGCAUCUAUUUCUUUCAGCCCUUGGUCUUCUAUAUCUUUCAGCCUUUGGGCAUCUAUUUCUUUCAGCCCUUGGUCUUCUAUAUCUUUCAGCCCUUGGACUUCUAUUUCUUUCAGCCCUUGGUCUUCUAUAUCUUUCAGCCUUUGGGCAUCUAUUUCUUUCAGCCCUUGGUCUUCUAUAUCUUUCAGCCCUUGGUCUUCUAUAUCUUUCAGCCUUUGGGCUUCUAUUUCUUUCAGCCCUUGGUCUUCUAUAUCUUUCAGCCUUUGGGAAUCUAUUUCUUUCAGCCCUUGGUCUUCUAUAUCUUUCAGCCUUUGGGCAUCUAUUUCUUUCAGCCCUUGGUCUUCUAUAUCUUUCAGCCUUUCGGGCAUCUUUUUCUUUCAGCCCUUGGGCAUCUAUUUCUUUCAGCCCUUGGACUUCUAUUUCUUUCAGCCCUUGGUCUUCUAUAUCUUUCAGCCUUUGGGCAUCUAUUUCUUUAAGCCCUUGGUCUUCUAUAUCUUUCAGCCUUUGGGCAUCUAUUUCUUU